AUGGCUUAAAACGGAUACUCAUUAAUUAAUUUUUAGAUGAAAUAGCUAGUCGUAUUAGCAUUAAUGCUAAGCUUGGCUUUGAGUACAAGCAUAACAUCGCCUUAACUAUUGGUGGAGUUGUAGUCCAGAACAGAAAAUGUGAUAGACGAUGGCGUUGAUCUAUUGGAACAACUUCUUGCUACAACAGAAUAGUAAUAUGAGCAAGUCAUCCAAGAGAAUGAAGCUGAAUAGCAACAAUUAAAAGAUUAAGUGGCAUCAAAGGAGUAAUAACUUUACGAUCUUUAAAACACUUGUAUGGUGAUGUCUGACGACUUGGCCUUGCUCAAAUAAUAAAUUGAAUUACAUGGAGAUGACACCGCAUACUUCAGAAAUGAAAUCAUAAAAGACAAUCGUAGAAUUGAAGUACUUGAAGAGCUUCGUUGCUAAUAAAGCAAGAAUUGGUUGAAUUUCAUCAAAUCAAGCAAAUACAUUCUUAAUUUGAUUGAGUUUUUUAAGAAGAGCCAUUUAAAAUUAUGGAUCAUUCGCUGAAAUCUAAAACUUCUCA